AUGAACGCCGCACAUUACGCGCCCAAUGGAUUACAAAUCGAAGGACGAUCUGAAUCACCGCGUCGCAGGAUGCGAUUGAUGCAGCGAUUGCACAACAAGCAGACCUUCUCUUGGUCCAUCAUGGUUAUUUCUGGAAAGGUGAACCCUAUCCAAUCACUGGCAUGCGUGGCAAACGAAUCAAAGCAUUAA